AUGAUUUACAGGCGGUUUGGAUAUCUGCAUUCCCGCAUACUGUUGAGGAAACAAGACCAGCUCCGGACCUUGGAAGACGAAUUAGAUGAACAUGAUGAUGGCGACCUUCCAGAAGACGAGACAGAAGAAGCUACAUCAAGAGCACGGCUGGAUCUAAGAUCUAGGGACUCUGACGAAGCAUCUUGCGCGAAAACAGCGAGGGAAAGUCCUGGAACUCGAACGCGAACAGACAUCCUUGAUGACAUUGAGAUAGUAUUGAAACAAUACGGUCACUAAAUUUAGCUCCGAUUGAAAUUUGAUUGUGCUGACAUACUUCAGGAGAAUUGUUGCUGCAAACCCAAAAUAUGGUCGCUCUGAACAAACCUGCCACACGUGACUUCAAAAGUGUUGAGCGCUAUAUAUUUGGCAAGCAACCACUAGUUGACGAAGAGCAAGGAUUUAUAUAUAAGAAAGAAGACCUCAUAACCCUGCGAGACGGACGUGAAAUGGCACUACUCGACAACUUCAUCGAAACAUUACUCAAAGUGUUCCAUUGCAAGCCACUACAGGUACUUCUACUUAAGCACGUUCGUAUAGCAUUGCUAACAAAAUCUGCAGCUUAUCUUUUGCUCAAAGGUACAGCACAUCAUAGCAAAACAAGAUUGGAACUAACACAAUAUAGACAGACAGAGAAAAAACAACCGACCCCAAUCUACACUAUUACUCCAAGAGCCGCAAAGAAAUCGCGACUACGGCUAUCUUUACAAUAGUCCUAUUGUGUUUAUUGGUCGUUCCAAUAUUCCUGCUUAAUAGAUUGACUUCUGUGGGAGACAUGGAUGUCACUCACACAACUAGUAUUAUGGUACUACUAGUUUUCAGCCUCAUUUUCUCUGCGGUCAUGUCGCUAUUUACGCAAGCGAAAAGACAUGAGAUCUUCGCGGCGUCUGCAGCGUAA